GCUCCCGCACACGGGCCACCGGCCACAACCACAAAACGCCGCCACUGGCAUAUUUCCUGUAAUUUUCAUACAUUUUAUAUGGACUCGCCGCACACGGUUGGCGCCGGUGGCGGCCACACGCUACAAAUCGUCGCAGCUUGCAUCUUGUGGCUCGCACCGGCCACUAAACGCCGACACAAAAAGCCGCCACACGCCACUCGCGCGAUUCCGCGCCCCUCUCUCCCUUGCCUCAGUUAACCUGUGUAAGUCGACGGUAACGCACGCACGUAGUCUGUAGUUCAUAUAUGUAGAUAAAUAUGGAUAUAGAAUUAUUUAUAUCAGAGAUACAAUCCCGUCCUGCGAUUUGGGAUUCAAAAAGUGAUAGUUAUAGUAAUAGAGGAGAAAAAGUGAAGGCCUGGGAAGAAAUCUGCGAAUUGUUUGUGGGAGAUUUUUCGAAUAAAACUGCCAAAGAAAAGAACAUUGAAGUAACUAAAUUACAGAGGAAGUGGAAGAGUCUUCGUGACAGUUUUAAUAGAGAAAAUGCAAAAAACAAGAACGUUGCGAGUGGUUCGGCAGCAACAAGCAGUAAACAGUACAUUUAUUUCAAUCAUCUAUCGUUCUUGAAUUCCUUAAAAGAAGUGAGACCGCCUACCGAUGUUACUAAUGCAACUAAUGAUGCGGAAACAUCUCGCCCGAAAAUAAACAGAAACAUUAAUAUAAAAAGGGCCGAAAAAUCAGAAAAUGAAAUUCUCAGAACACUUUCGGAAAAUUUAAAACGUAAACAUGAUCAAAUAAGCGACCAAAAUGACCCCGAUAAGCAAUUUCUGAUGUCGCUGCUUCCACAUGUAAAAAAAAUUGACGAAAAUUGUAAACUUGAUUUUCAAUCAGAAAUAUUACAGUUAAUUAGAAAGUACACUCAUAAUCAAAAUUAUGAAACCUAUUCGGCACAAUAUUAUGGUUAUUCUUCAGGAAAUGCCAACAUACACAAAAAGACACAAAAAGCUUCUACAUCUGCCCAGCCUUCUCCACUUCAUUCACAUUAUUCCGACAAGUCUAUGCUUGACAUGUCAUACUCUACAGAAAACGCUUCUACAUCUAUCCCGUCUUCACCUAUAAUUCAGCCUUCUCCAACUCAUUCAUAUUAUUCUGACCAGUCUAUGGACAACAGUUCUGUUAUCGAAGACAUGUUCCGUGAUGAUGACGAGUGAUAUCAAAUUAUAAUAAACACACAAUAACUAAAUACAAAUACCUACGUGUUUUAUUUGUUAACUAGCUAUUCUCUAGUAGAAAAAACAAUGCAUAGUGAUUAUAAAUAAAGUAUAGAUUAUUUUAUCAUAGUGUUCUGUGGAGUUUUAUGCUAGUGAUUAUUUCCACUUACCUUAAUGUG